GACAGAACCCAACCGGACAGUUCUGAUCGCCUUUCUAUUAGGGUUUCUUUGAAUAGUAUAAAAAUAUGUUUCCAGAUCUUUAUAAAACGCUGUGACACAGGAGAAUGUGAAACUUGAGUAAGAUAAGUAGAUUAAUAACAAAGGCUUCGUUAUUCACAUCACCUUGACUGAAAUAUCCCAAAACUAUUUUCUUUUAAACGCUAAUUCAAAUUAAAGAGUAGCUUUUGUUUGAUAAACACACAGACGACUUUCUGACGUAAGAACAGUGCCAGAAGAUGUGUGUGUGAAGAGCAAAAAGAGCAGUUCACAUGGAUAUCCUUCUGAAACUUGUUUAACAGGGUGGAGUGUAUCAAUACUUUUGAAGGAGAACUUCAAAAUACUUGAAAAUACGGCAUGAGAGCAUGCAACGAGCAUAAGGUCAACGAAAACACUUCUCAGAAACGAAAUAAACAAUAUAUUUGCAGGCUGGCAGGCAAACAGGACAAAAACCACACGCAUAUCAAAGACGAGAACCGUGCUUAACAAAAUCCUUUAAAUAAACACAAAUAUAUUCCUCUCUUAAACGUUUUGUUUUGCAGAAUUUUCCAGCAAUGGGCAACAAGCUGUCAGCUCUGAAAGAACACGGCUACUCUCUAGUGAGCGAAGAGGAGAAUAAGGUCCUGGUGAAAAAUGAAGGCGGUGAACAGUUUGUCAUUAAAAAGUUAAACGAUAACCAGGAGGAAUCAAUGUUUCUCUCCCGUCUCGAUCACCCACACAUUGUCCAGCACAAGGAAUUUAUCAGAGUUUCGGGCUGUUUGUAUCUUGUGCUGGAGCACUGUGAAGGUGGAGAUCUCGCUCAGAAAAUCCAAAAGAAAAGGACGGAUAUCAUGACGUUUUCUGAGAAUGAGAUUCUGGGCUGGAUUGUGAAGAUCUGCAUGGCUCUAAAGUACCUGCAUGAUCAACAGAUUCUGCAUAAACACCUGAAACCCAAGAGUAUAUUCUUCACUACAUUUGGAACCAUCCGUCUUGGAGAGUUUGGAGUGGUCCAUCAACGGUCCACUGAAGAUCAAGUAGCAGAAAAUACACCUUCUUCAUAUAUCGCACCUGAGAUUUUGAGCAGCCAACCUUAUGAUGAAAAAACUGAAGUCUGGAUGUUGGGGUGUGUCAUCUAUGAGCUGUGCAUGCUGGAGAGUGCGUUCCCUGAAACAUUCACAGUUGAAACUGUUACAAAGGUACUCACAUCCUCUUAUAAAGCUCUUCCUGAGACUUUCUCUGAGGAUCUUCGCCAACUGGUAACAGACGUACUUCAGACCAAUCCUGCAAAUCGCCCAUCUGUCAGUGAGAUCUUGACCAGACCUUUUAUCAUUCUCUAUCUCCGUGAAAAGAACAUGCAAACUAUUAAGUCCCUUUAUAGGACACUAGAGGAACUGAGAGCCCUGGCUGAUGAUUUGGAAAAAGUCCAUUUCAAAACAACUGUAGGCAGCCUCACCGGAGGUGUCCUAGGACUGGCUGGAGGAAUCACAUCCAUAGCUGGACUUAUUCUCUCUCCAUUCACUCUGGGAGCAUCUCUGAUAGUAACUGGUGUGGGAAUCGGUGCGGCAGUGGCUGGAGGAGUAACAGCUGGCGCCAGCAAUAUAACAAACAUGGUUAACCAGAAAACCAAUCGACAAAAGAUCAAAACGCUCAUAAAAGAGUUCCAAGAAAAAUUCAGUUCCACAGUUUGCUGCAUCCAAAACAUCCAGACAGCCGUGGAAACUUUGCAGCAGUGGUCCACAAGUGAUGACUCGUUUUCCAAUGCAAGCCCUGGUGCAAAUGCUGGAGCUCGACUCGGGCGAGGACUGGGAGAUCCGGAGAUUCUCCGUCUAAUUGAAGUUGUAAAUGUAGGAAAGGUCGCAGCUCAGGCUGCGAGAGCUGUUCGUUUGGCUGAAGCAGCUACUGGAGUCUUGUCUGCACUCUUUGUAGCUGUUGAUGUCUUCUUUGUUUUUCUGGACUCCAGGGAAAUCCACAACAUCCGCCAAGAUUAUGCACAAAGAGAGAACCAACGAGAAUCAGAAUCCACAAGCAACCAAACUGCUGGGUCGACUGACCAGGGGCCAAACAACAGUGAGACAACGAACCUGCUGCCUUCAGAUGCUCAGCAGGCAGAAGAGCUGAAGUCUGAGACCAUGAAGUUUGUGACAAAAAUAAAGGAGAUGACAGAGGAGCUUCAGAAAAUUCUGGAUACACUUCGAGAUGCGCUGCAGCCAAACUGAGCUGCUAAACACUGACCACAAAAAUUGUCAGUCAGAGUCCGAGAUUAUAGUCAUAGCAAAGCUGGUGGUUUUAACUGUAUGUUUUGGGCUUUUGUGAUAAAAUAUCCAAAUUAGCAUUGCUAGUUUCAAUAAAGCAAAGACAAAGCAAUAAAUUAAGCUUAGCGUUCCCAUAAUUUUAAGAAUCUGUAUCGGGACUUCUUUUGAUGUUUUGAAAAUCAGAAAAUACAAGCAUUAAAAUCUUUUUCUGUAUGUGAGUGGCUGCUUAUUUACUUAUCUUUCACUUCUUCUGAAAUAAAUUUAUCAGAAAUGCUAACAUGUACA